UCGGAAGUGAAACAAGUUCGCGUCCUCGUCCGCUUUGUCUCACACACAAACGCCGUCAAGUCGAGCCGCCACACACGCGUGCGCGCGUGCGCACAGACACGAUGGAGAUGCUUUCGGCCGGGAAGAAACGCUCAGCAUGUCUUUCACAGGUGUCGCUGCUGUUAAGACGGGUUGGAUGUGUGCAUCAAACAGCGAAAAGACAAUCCCGUCUCGCAGCGGAGGAGGCAGGGUUUUUGAUUUGAAGCUGUCCUCUAAUUUCGUGUGGAACUGCAGGUAUUGGCGGAGCACCUCUUUCAAAUUCAAUGCAAGUGGGCGGACGAAGGCGGUGCCGUGCCGUUUUGACCUGCGGGACUGUGGCGUGGUCGGGAGAGACCGCGGGGACCUUUUGAUUUGCCCUCCACGGUUUUCUUCGCCGUCUGCCAUUUCCCACGAAACCAAAUUUAAGGGAUGAUGGGCCGAUCCGACGAUGCAUUGGAUUACGUAUUUUGUUUUUUCCAAGCAGGACACCGUUGGUAUCGUUUGCAUGGCAUUUGCAGUAGACUGGCCAAAAAGGUUUGCAUUUUGGAACCUGUCCUCAAAUCACGGUUGAAGACGCUUUAAGGAUUAAUCCAGCCUGCGGAGGAUGAAGUGUGCAUUGCGUCAAAAGCGACGGACGACCGCGAAUACUGAUGUCAAGCAAUGGUCAGUGGCGGUGCUCCGGUCAGUUGAAGUUUCCCUGAGUCCUCCACUGCUAACUGAGCUUCCCUUUGUUCCCACUCUGGCUUUUGGCCACAAAGAGCUGGAACAAUCAUUAGUUUGGCCAUAGCGUGCCUUCCCGGGCUUUGGGUGUUUCCCCCCUCACGAAAGGUGUGAUUCGGCGAUCGCAACAUGGCAUCCCCCCAACGUCAACAGCUGCUGCCUCGCAGCACAGAGGCGAGCUGCCACUCGAGUGGCGAGGGUGUCUCGGUGAGGCUCGGUGUCGGCAGACACAAGCACGAAGGUGGGCCGCCGGUUCGAGGCCAUGCGGCAGGAUCCAAACGCUGCAAGUACAGCAUCUCGUCCAGCUGCAGCAGCUCUGGCGAGUCGUCAGUCAAGAAGACGUUGGUCAAGAGCUUCCGGUCGCAGAAGAGAGUGCCCCAGCUCUUCGAGAGGUCCGCCAGUCACUUCUGGGACCCGAAAUUCGACUCGUCCAUCUUGGAGGAAGCAUGCCGAGAACGGUGUUUCCCUCAGACGAGACGGCGCUUCCGCUACGUGCUCUUCUACCUGUCGGCCACCGCCGCCCUCUGGGGCUUCUACUUUGCUGCCAACCCGUCCCGCUGCAACAGGACGGCCUUUCUAUUCCCCACUACGUCCUUUCUCCUCUUCUGCCUCCUCCUCCUACUGCUCACCUUCACCAAGGUCUACUCGCGCUGCUACGAUAGAGCCUCCCUGCUGCUCAUUGUCGUCACCCUGGGGCUGACCCUGGUCCCUCAAAUCCAGACGACGGGCUUGGGAGAGCGCUUGGACGCGGUUGGCGUCGGCGGGCCUAAGCACAACCUCUCCUGCCUGGAGACGGGCGGUCGCACCCGCUCCGCCUGUGUCUCACCUGUUGGCACCUUCUCUCUCUGUGUUCAGGUUCUGCUGCUGCUCUACAGCGUCCUCCGCGUGCGCCUCUUUGCCUCCGUCCUACUGGGGCUCCUCUACUCGCUCUGUUUUGAGACUCUGGGGUGGUUCCACCUCACCUGCACUCAAGGGGGCGCAUUGAGCUUGGCCCCCGACAAAGACAUGGAAAGGCUUUGUUGGUUGGCACCGGCCAAAGCUCUGCUCCACCUGUGCGCCCACGCCGUGGGCGUUCACCUGUUUGUCAUGUCCGAGGUGCGCUCACGCAGCACCUUCCUGAAGGUGGGGCAAGCCAUCAUGCACGGCAAGGACCUGGAGGUAGAGAAAGCCUUGAAGGAGCGAAUGAUCCACUCGGUCAUGCCCAGAACGGUGGCGGACGAACUGAUGAAGCAGGGUGAUGAGGACACAGGCGCCUCCGCCAGCAGGGCGGCCACCGUCAUUUCCAGUCCCAAGGGCGACAAAGGCAAGAAGGCCUCCAUCCCCCGAGGUCAGAUCAUCUUCAGACCCUUCAACAUGAAAAGGAUGGAGCCCGUCAGCAUCCUCUUUGCCGACAUCGUGGGCUUUACUAAAAUGUCAGCCAACAAGUCGGCACACGCCCUGGUGGGCCUUCUCAACGACUUGUUUGGACGUUUUGAUCAGCUGUGUGAGCUGAGCGGCUGCGAGAAGAUCAGCACGCUGGGGGACUGCUACUACUGCGUGGCCGGAUGUCCCGAGCCCAGGCCUGACCAUGCCUACUGCUGCGUGGAAAUGGGCCUGGGCAUGAUCAGGGCCAUCGAAACCUUCUGCCGGGAGAAGAGGGAGAUGGUCAACAUGAGGGUUGGCGUCCACACCGGUACCGUCCUUUGCGGCAUCCUCGGCAUGAAACGCUUCAAGUUUGACGUCUGGUCCAAUGACGUCAACCUGGCCAACUUGAUGGAGCAGCUGGGCGUGGCCGGCAAGGUCCACCUGUCGCAAGCCACAGCCGACUUUCUGGACGAGCGCUACCCCCGUGAAGAUGGACGCGUCGACCAAAGGAUCGGAGCGGGCGUGGUGGCAGCUCAGCUGAAAGGCCUGAGGACCUACCUGAUUUCCGGAAGGAAAUGGGACAAGCCCCCUCUUUGUAGCUGCUCCAACUCGAGGUGCUGCUCGCAGGGGGCGCCUCCCCCUGACGGAGCCUCCGGCCUUCCCCCGCCCCCGUGCCCAUCCUGCAGUUUUGGGGAGGAGCGGGUACCGGAGGAAGGCGACGUGAAGCCGCCGGGCUGCAGGAAAGAACGUGAGACCGGCAAUGGCAAGGUUGCCCCGGCGAAGGUUCGCAACGGCCUGCUGGGUCCCCGGCCGGAAGCUCUCAACAACAGCCAAACGUCGUUGCGCCAGAUGCUGCAGGAGGAGAAGAAGACGUGGGCCGGAGGGGCUCUGGGCAUGGACCACUCGACGCUCAUUCCGCUACGCUCCAAGAACUUCCGGGAGAGAAGCGACGCCCACUUUGUGGACGUCAUCAAAGGGGACAGCCUGAUGAAGGACUAUUUCUACAGACCGCCCAUUCACAAGCUGGGCCUGGCUUUCCUGGAUAAGAGCCUGGAAUCGGCCUACCGGUUCAGCUACCGAAAGGAGGUGGUGGCCCGAGCGUCGGUGCGGACCUUCGCCAGCCCCACCUUUGGUUCCUUCCUGGACGCGCUGCUAUGCUCGUCUGUGUUUCUGGCUUUGUCGCUGGCCUGCUUCCUUCGCCCCAUGGUCACCGGGCUGAGUCUACCCACGCCGGCUGUGAUCGUGACCACCGUGGCUGCCUUGCUGCAGGCCUCGGCUCUCAUCUUUGCAGUACGUGUGGCCUUCUGGCCGGAUGCCGCGGCCAAGUGCACGCGGACGCUGACGGAAGCGGCGUCGGGCUGGAUGGCGCGUCACUUCAUCGGCGCCGUCACAGUGUCGCUGCCCGCGCUGGCCGUCUUCUCACACGUCACCUGUGAUGGCUCCCUUCAGUUCAUCUGCUGCGCUUUCCUCAUUGCCAUCGUUCAGUUCUGCAAUGCUUGCCCGCUCAGCUACUGGAUGCGCUCCAGUUUAGCCACCUUAGUUGGACUGGCACUUCUUUCGCUGCUCUUCACGUCUCCCUGCAGGUCAGACAGGAAGAGCGGCGGCAGCAACAGUUCGGGCCUCCAGUGGGACGCACACAGCUGGGCCCGGGACCCGCUGGGCCCCGAAGCCUGUGUGGCCCUUUUCCUGCUCCUCCUCCUAGUCUGGUUCCUCAGCCGGGAAUCGGAGGUGAGUUACCGUCUGCAUUACCAUGGCAACGUGGAGGCCGACCAGCACCGCAUCAAGAUACAGAACAUGAGGGACCAGGCUGACUGGCUGCUGUGCAACAUCAUCCCCGUCCACGUGGCCGAGCAGCUGAAGGUCAUGCAGAGCUACUCCAAGAACCAUGACAACGUGGGCGUCAUCUUCGCCAGCGUCGUCAACUUUGGCGACUUCUACGAGGAGAGCUACGAAGGCGGCAAGGAGUGCUACCGCGUCCUCAACGAGCUGAUUGGCGACUUUGACGAGCUGCUGCGGACGCCCGCCUUCGCUGACAUUGAGAAAAUCAAGACCAUCGGCGCCACCUACAUGGCUGCGGCGGGCCUCAAUGCUCAGCGCUGCGCCGGCCACCCUGGCGCUCACCUGCACGCCCUCUUUGAGUUUGCCCUGGAAAUGAUGCGGGUGGUGGACGACUUCAACAAGAACAUGCUGGGUUUCGGCUUCAAGUUGCGCGUGGGCUUCAACCACGGGCCGCUCACCGCCGGGGUCAUUGGCACCACCAAGCUCCUCUACGACAUCUGGGGGGACACGGUCAACAUCGCCUCUCGCAUGGACACCACCGGCGUGGAGUGCCGCGUCCAGGUCAGUGAGGAGAGCUACUGCGCUCUGAGCGCCAUGGGCUUUGACUUUGACUACCGCGGCACCGUCAACGUCAAGGGCAAAGGGCGGAUGAAGACCUUCCUCUACCCCAAGUGCGAUGGGGGCGGCGGCCCCGUGCCGCAAUACCAGCUCUCUGUGUCCCCGGAGAUCCGGGCGCAAGUGGACGGCAGCAUCGGCCGCUCGCCCACCGACGAAAUCGCAGCCGCGGUGCCGAGCGCAGCGGCCGGCGGCAACGGCAUGGUGCCCAGCACUAGUGCCGGGUCCACCUGCUGGGAGAGGGGCGAGGGGCUUCAGCGGCAUGCCAGGCGCUCCGUGUCGCAUGGCGGGCUGACCUGCGUGGAGCUCAACGACCUGGAGGCGGCCAACGAGAGCCAGCUCGUGGUCUCGCCGACGCUCCGCCGACUGACUUUUCCAGCCAGCGCUGGGGGGACCCUUCAUCCAUAUUAGGAAGCUCACCCUGCUGCCUGCUUUGUUUCAUGCUGAAAACUGCGGCCAGCUCCGAGGAAGACGACGACAUGAGCAAGUGCACACUUGAUCUGCUGUACUUUUCAUCAGUCUUCUCUUAGUGCCUUUGGAAUCCAAUUGCUCCUUACACUUAAAGGGAAACCAAAAUGCUUUGGUUGUGUCACCGUUUUGCUUUGGAAGCUGCUUGCCUUUGAUUCUCAAACGACGCGCUUCAAAUGAUUUCCGAGCUCUGUGUGGAAGCAAAGCAAUGCAAAUCCGAUGGACUUUUGGAUUCCAGCACUUCUUGAAAUGUUCUUGUGACCCGUCGGUCGCCAGUUGUCUUUCUGCUCCAAUGGCGAGCGAGCGAUUGUGAAAUUCAAGUCGCCUAUUCCUUGGACAGCCGCUCUUUGCCAGUUAUGAAACCCGCAUCGAAUUGAUGUUUGUCGAAAUGCAAAGCCUCCGCUGUAAACCCCCCCAAAAGGCUCUCAGAGGUUGUCCCGCUUGCUUUCAGCCAUCAUUAGCUUGCUCCCUCAAAACUGCGUUCUACACUUGCAGGAUUGUCAUUGACUCAAAUUGGUUUUAGACGGCUCACCUCGCAAUGGGUGAGCCAGCCUCCGCCCUACGGUUCUGAUGCUCCGGGUCGCAAUCUCGGCUCGGGCCUUCCUUGGUGUUAAACGAAUGAUAGCCCCCAUAGCAUAUAGAAAGGACUCUGUUGCCCAUUUGACUGAUUGAAUAACGCCGUGUUAUUUGACAUUCAUUGGCCCGUUUUUGUAAUGUCGUGGGUGCCUUUAAUUCUACUGUCCGUACCAAUGUGAGAACUAGAUUAAAUUAUUGAUGUAUAUUUUCCAUGUAUGUCAGUCGUGCCUUUUUGAAGCAAAAAUCAUUGUAACACGUUCCACUCACAAGGCACAUGGUGACUUGCAUUGUCAUAUUAUUUUCUGCUAUGUGCUGUUGUUAUUCCUGAUGUCUUUAUUUCCUUUGGAGCGCACUCAUACAAAUUGAGUCAAAGAGAUUUUGUGCUUAUGAGCACACAGUUCUCACUGAAAUGUGUAAAGGUACGCUUCAGUAAUGAGCCAAUGAGUACUUAGUAAGUAUCAUGUAAUGUAUAUAUUCAUGUAUUCUUUAUGAAGUUGACACUGUUUUUAAAAAGAUAUGUUUUGUUAGACUUGAAUCGGAAUUUCUGUCAUGAGCAUCAUAUUUGAAUAAGUCUCAUAAGUGGACAAUUGACGUUCUCAGUCGGUAGAAUGGCAUGCUGGGAAAUUUUGAUGCCAAAGAGUGUCACUGCUGUCUCGUCUGCAUUAAAAAAAAAA